UGCUCGCCAGUAGUCUUGUCGGUGACUCGGGGCUGAUAAUAUUGUUCUUGAAAUCGAAUACCGAUUAAAUGUUACAAUGUGCGAUACCGAAACGCGUCUCGAUGGCAAGACCGCCAUCGUAACCGGUGGUAGCUCUGGUGUGGGAUACGAAACAGCUAAAAACCUAGCUCUUAGAGGAGCCAGAGUUAUUAUAGCGAGUCGCAACGAAACCAAGCUUACCAGAGCAAGAGAUCAAAUACAGAAGAUAACGAACAGCAAGUUAGUAUCCCAUAGAGUGAUAGAUUUAGCAUCCCUAAAGUCUGUAAGGAACUUUGCUGCGAACACUAUUGAUUCACAAGAGCCGAUCGAUAUACUUAUCAAUAACGCAGGCGCUAUAGGACUCCCUGAUCGACUCACUGAAGAUGGACUGAACUUAACGAUGCAAGUGAACUAUUUCGGUGCAUUCCUUCUUACGUAUCUAUUGCUGCCUUUAUUGAAGAACUCAGCGCCGAGUCGAAUAAUCAACAGUUCAGCAUCAUCAAUGUACAUCGGGCACUUAGACUUUGACCAUUGGAAUGAUGUCGGAAUGUACAACUCAAUAGAAGUUUUAGCGAAUUCGAAAUUAGCAGUUGCAUUGUUUACAGCUGAAUUGGAUCAACGUUUUAAGGAUAGUGGUGUGACAGCGAACAGUUUCGACCCAUUUGUGGUACGUGAUACAGAUAUUUUUGAUAACUUCCCUGAACUGGUUAAGAAUAUCUCUCGAUUGUUUGUGGAUAUGAUUGGGCAGCCGAAGCAAAGUGUUGGGAAGCAAAUCGCGUCGAUGGCUGCGAACCCCGACUUGGAGAUGGAGAGCGGCCAGCAUUAUAAGUUUUGUAAGAAAUGGAUAAAUCAUUGGUUGGUCAGUGACCGGGAACUGACCGAAACCCUUUGGGAUGUCUCGAAAAGUGUUGUGAAGAUUACUGCUGAAGAAGAUUGGGAAUUGAACAGUGUAACUUAGACAAUAGUUGAUGCGGUGGACAUGUGUUAUUUUUUUGUA